GUUUGGUAAAUACUUUUGCCAUGCAACCAUUUUGGUUAAUAUUUGCCAAAAUUGGCUCACUUUGGAAAAACGUCCUACAUACUAGCUUAGCGAAGCAUAAUACAGAGUAUAACAGUAUAUUAAUUACUCCAUUUAAUAUGACGAAGUAUACCCAAAUAUAAUCCAUAUUUUAAGAUAUUGUCUUUUCCAAUAUUUUGAUCAUUAAUUAAUUCCAACACAUCGUUAUAAUUAUUAUUUUUUAUUUUUAUUAAUAUCUACGCAUUUUUUUUUUGGUGAAGGAGAGGGACUAGGCCCCAUUAAUAUCUAAGCAUUAAAUCUUUAUUAAAAUUAGACCAUUGAUUUGUCCACUUUCCAAGAUAUAAAGAUCAAUUUUCCUACAUAUACCCCUUACAUUUCAUCAAAAUAUAGUACAUCAAAUUAUAGCUACUUUAAGUAAUAAAAUUUCAUGGCCAUUUAUAGCAAUUGCAUAAGAAUUAUCUCCCUUUGUUUCUUUGCAUUGGCUUGUUUUUGCAAUGCAAAAAACAUGCCUAAAAAAGGAGGCGGUUUUAAGGGAAUGUUCAUUUUUGGUAGUUCAGUAGUUGACAAUGGAAACAAUAACAAUGUUUUUGGUACCAUAGCCAAAGCCAAUUAUCUACUAUAUGGUAUCGAUUUUCGUAUAGAUGGUGCAACAAAAACGACGGGCCGAUUCUCAAAUGGGAAGAAUUUUGCUGAUUUUAUAGGUGAUUAUCUUAAGCUUCCUUUGAUUCCAAGCUUUGUUGAUACUCAAACUCAAGGGGAUUCUAUCCUUUACGGUGUCAACUUCGGCUCCGGCGGCUCCGGCAUCCUAGAUGAAUCUGGCCUGGUUGUGGGGAGGGUGAUCAGCUUGAAUGAGCAACUUACAAACUUUGAAGCAUUGACCUUGCCAAAAUUAGAAAGCCAGCUUGGAUGUCAAAGAAAGGAGAUACUCCCUGAUUAUUUGUUUCUUCUUGCUGCUGGAAACAAUGACUACCUUCUAAAUUACUUUUUACUAGGGCAGCUUACUCAAUCUCCCCAAGCCUUUGCUGCAAAACUUAUCUCUGCUUAUUCUGCUCAACUCAAGAGAUUAUACAACUUGGGAGCAAGGAAUUUUUUACUGCUAUCGGUGUAUCCCUUGGGAUGCAGCCCUGUUGUGAGCAAAGGCCAAGGAUGCUUACCAGGACCAAAUGAUGUCAUUACUAUAUUUUAUGAUCAGUUGAUAUCUAUGGUCAAUCAGGUCAAACCCCAAUUGCCUGGUUCAAAUUUCAUUGUCAUCAAUUCAGUGAAAAUCAUUACAGACAUCAUAAACAACGCGAAUUCAAUAGGUUUCAGUAAUGUGAGUGGGCCUUGCUGUGAAAUAUCAUUAAAUGGGUUGUCUUGCAAAGAAAAUGGCAAUGUAUGUGAAGACAGGAGAAGCAAUGUUUACUUUGAUGGCCAACACAACACAGAAUCUCUAAGCGCUGCCUUAGCAACUAAGGCUUAUACUUCUCGCGACCACUCCGAAGCCUAUCCUAUCAAUCUUCAUCAACUUGCUCAAACCCACCUCUAAUCUAUGUACAAAAACUCCACAAUUUAGGGCUUUUGUAUCUUUUCAAUUAUAAUCAUCAAAUAGUCCCUUCACAUUAUAAAGUAAUUAAUUUUAUUUGCUAAAAUUUUUUUUUCAUAAGUAAAAAAAAAAAAAUUAGCAACUUCCUUGUUUUGUAUGUAUAAUACUCAUUUUUUUCUAUAUCAGUAACAUAAGCCCAUGUUAAAAAAUUACAAAUUUCAAUGAAUUUCAAAACCAUAAG